AUGCUUCUGAACCCAUUCAGAGUCCUCGGCGACGUCAGCCAUACCGUCAGCAAGUGCAUCCUGAUAUGGUCUAUCCACACGAAUAAGAGUGCUGAGGGCGUGUCUCUCAUCACGCAAGCGCUAUAUUGUGUCGUCUUCAUUGUUCGAUACUUGGACCUCUUCAGCAAUCUACACGACUUCCUCGGCUUCUGGAACUUCAGUCUCAAGGUCUUCUAUAUCUCCUCGUCGCUGUACAUCGUCUUUCUUAUGACAAGAGUCUAUGCCCGAACAAGAGAACGCGAGAAGGCCUGGAAGCUUGGGAUUUGGAGCGUGCUAGGAUCCGUCGUAGGCGCACCCAUCGUGGCUGCCAUCUUUGUGGGCAAGGACGCUUUCAGAUGGAGAAACCUGUUUGACAUCCCUUACACCUUUACGCUCAUCCUCGAAUCGCUGUGCAUUCUGCCGCAAUUGCUUCUUCUACGCCAAACCUCAGUCCCCACCGUUAUCGACAGUUUCUAUCUCGUUACCCUCGGCUCCUACCGUGCCUUUUAUAUCCUCAAUUGGAUUCUUCGCAGCUUCACCGAAGAACGACACCAGAAUAUUUUCCCCAUCAGCUUCACGUUUGGUGUGAUACAGACUCUGUUCUACUUCGACUUUGCUUGGGUAUACUGGACGAGACAGCGCGUCAAGCUGCGAUACGGUGGGGUGGUGGAUGGCGAGGAUAUCAGCAGAGGCUGGCUGAUCAGCAGGAUCAUUGGACACAAAGGCAACACCGAGCACGAUGAUGACGAUGAUGCUGGUCUGGCUGGUCAAGAAGAGGGUAUCAUCCGUCCCACUGGCAACAGUCGUAAUUGGGGUCCGAGAGGCAUCUCGGUAUCUGCAGACGAUGGGACACACGAAGCCGAACACACCCGUCUAGCUGAUCCGGACGCUUUCGAGGACGACUACGACUACGGGGAGGAUGCAGUCGUGGUGAGCCCUGCCGUGUCGGAAGUAGAUCGAGCAUCUCUCAAGGCCAGGGAAGACAACACGGCACAAGAAGCUGGUGUCAGCGAUGGUGUCGAGUGGCGAGACGACCACCAUAGCUAA